AUGGCAAAACAUCUAAUUCAAAUAGCGAUAUUAGGUUCGCAGGUAAUUGGUCGAGCAUUUACACGAGCACUUCGACAGGAACUUCAACAUGCAAAAACUGCUUCACAAAGUGGUAAAACAACGACAAAAACUGUUCAAGCUGAUCGUAUCACUGGUAUGAGUCUUCAAGAAGCAAAACAAAUUCUUAAUAUAGCCGAUCCAGAUUUAACUGAUGUUGAAAAAAUCAAAACUAACUAUGAACAUUUAUUUGAUCUUAAUGAUAAAACAAAAGGUGGUUCAUUUUAUCUACAAUCAAAAAUCUAUCGAGCAAAAGAACGUUUUGAUCAAGAAUUAAGAUCAUCAUCUUCAAAAGAAAAAUCUAAUCGAUAUAAACAAAAAGAAGAUCCCAGUGAUGCAACUCCGAGUUAA